AUGUGCUCCACGUCUAUGCUUUGCGUCCCUAUGUCGCCCUCGUUUCCCCCUUACCUCUCUAUCCCUUUACUCACUCAUGUUCAAUUCCCCCUUCAUCUCCAGCUUCUACUCGACGGCUUGUCGUUGAAUUUGGCGAAAAGAAAAAAGUUGAGGUCAUCGCGCCAACGUCUCCAGCUAGUCGGAUUAGCUACGCACUAUUUUAGUGCACCUCGACAUACGUCCUGUCGACUGCCCGCUCAGCCUGUUGAUGGCAAGCCUACUGUAGAGCUGGACGGCUAUUCGAGCAGUCUUCACUCCGUCUCCGAUGCCAACGGCCCCAGUAACCCCGACCCCGUGGCUACCAUGUAUCUGGAGCACUGGCUCUGUCAUCUAUGUCCGAGUCCUGAGAAGAAGCUGCUUCACCGCAAGACCCUCUGGCCCACAGUCAAGGCAAGCAUCUUUGAACACCCCAACACUCCUUGUGCCUGCAGCAUACCUCACAUGGCCAUCUGGCCUGCCAAUCAUUCCGAACAAUGGGGUACCGCACCCCUUGGUCCCGGUCGCCUCACUUCCAUCGAUGUUCGAUGGACUGCCGUCCUCCUCUUGAGCCAAGAAAACUUCCCCCUUGGGCACGUCACUUGUGGGAAGCCAAGUGGUCAGUCCAGCUAG